GCUGAGGUCUACCUAGCGGCCACCUCCAGUGAACACCUCGACUGUCGAGCAAAACCAGUUGCGGGGCUUCGGGCGUGCCCUCCCCCACAUGCGGAAGUGCAUGCUGGCCGCAGCCUCCUCUGGAGCGGCCACCCGCAAGCAGACCGGCGCGGGGUCGGCGUCGCCUUUGCCUUCCAGACUGAAAUUGUGAGAUGUCUGCCGUGUCUACCGCAGGGUAACAAAGCUCAUUUGAUGAGCCUCCGCCUGCCUCUUCGGGCUGACAAAUUUGUCAACGUUGUCAACGCCUGCGCCGCCCCCCGGAUGACCAACUCCGACGAGACAAAGAACAAGUUCUACGAGGACCUGCAUGCUCUGCCGGCGUCUGCGCCGAAGGCGGAUAAGUUGACUACCCUUGGUGAAUUUGUGGCGGACAGUCAACAUUGA